AGGUUCCUACGCAACGGAGGGGCGGUACGCAGGACUUAAAGCAGCGCGCGGCGUGUCCUCUCCUGUGUUGAUGUGUCGCACUCGCAGAUUUCAGGGAGGCAGGUUCAGGGAGUUUUUGGAGAGAGGAAAGAGAGAGAAACAGAAAUCGGAGCAGCAGCAGUGACACUUUCCGGUCAUAUAACUAUUUUUGUUUCGGCACUUCUCAAAUAAACCAGCAGAGACCCCGUUGUUGUUUGGAGCGAUGGAGCGCUCAUCGAUAGGACUCAUAGGAGACCAAGUGUUUGCUGUGGAGUCAAUAACUAAGAAGAGAGUGAGAAAGGGUAAUGUGGAGUAUCUUCUGAAAUGGCAAGGAUGGUCCCCAAAAUACAGUACUUGGGAACCAGAGGACAAUAUUUUGGACCCGCGCCUCGUCCUGGCCUACGAAGAGCAUCAGGAGAAGAUCAGAGCUCUGGCGUACCGGAGGAAAGGUCUCAGACCCAGGAGGCUCCUCCUGCGGAACAUCUUUGCCAUGGACCUCCGAAGUGCAAGCAAGGCCUCGGAGAAACCCCCCCCUCGAUUGCGACUCUCCCUCACCCGAUCCAUGAGUACAGAUGUGGACCAGGGUGAACGAGGCAGUCUGUACCGACGUCUGGCCCGGAGGAAGAGCAGACAGAGGGUGUCCAUAUGUGGGUCUGAUGGACCCUCAAAGAAAGAUAUCCUCCCCCAGAAGAAGAGGAGAGUGGAACCCAUUGAGGAAGACUGGAGUGGCACCAGCGAAGAAGAGAAGCAAGAUUCCGAAAGCAUCACAGAGGAGACGUGUGAAGACAGUUUCUAUGAGUGCAGCUCCCCACCCUUGCUGGAGCGAGAGGACUUCGAGACUGAGGAGGAGGAGGAGAAGUCGGACACCGAGCUGGCAACGGUGAGCACAGAAACAUGGACUGACAGAUCGGGAGGAUGGACGUCGGAAACGAUUGAAACCGUUGUGUGCGACCAAUCAAAAGACAGUGAUUCAACGCCCAAGGCUACACUGGACGAUGAGGUUUCCGUGGAGUCAGAUUGGUUCAAAAGUGAGGAUGAAGUAGAGUCGGAGUGUCCCAAAUUGGAGUGCAGCGUUUCUCGACGCGACAACACAACUUCGGUGAUAGUGAGUCUCCGAGGGAGCAGCGACACUACAUUCUCCACCACUGAGGAGCCGGCGAAUAAGAAGGAAGAAGGUAGCGACAAUCAGAGCGAAACGGAAACAACGCCUGCUGAUCCCGCUGAGGAUGAACAUCCCAGAAAGGUGAUAUCUACUGACGUGACGAUCAACUGUCUGACGGUGACGAUUAAAGAAGCCCCGAUGGCCAAAGGCUUCUUCAAGGGCUGUUAAAGGUUGAGAUAAAAGAGAUUCAAAUAACCAUAAGUAGACUUGCCACUCAUUUUAUACGUGUAAAUAGUCGUGUUUGUUAGUUAAGUUCACACGUUUACAAAGAUACACUCAUAUCCUACUGAGUUCACUGAAGACAUUGUUGCCUUUAAAUAAAUAAAUCAUUUUAUUAUUGUGGCGCAUAUAUAGAGUGGUGCAGUAAUAGCGAAUUUCUGCAGGCCGACAUGGAAGUUAGCAUUGCGAGAGUUUCUCCCUGACAAAAAGCCAAUGGGAUUUUUACAUUGGAAUUUAAAAUGUUCCAGAAAAUAAGAUCCAUGGCGAACACAUUUUUAUGAUACUUAUACAUUUUAUUCAGCAGGAUAAUCCCUGAAUACUAAUGGCACUUUAUGAUAUUACAAGCAUUAUGCAAUCUCCAGAAGUAAGAAGCUAACGUUAGCUUCAAACGAACCAUGACAUUACGUCUCCACCGCUAAGCUAACGGCUGCUAAAGUUGACGUUAAGUAGUCUUUUUUAGACUCUUCUUAACAAUCACUGACAAAUAAGGGCUUCAGAAAUGUACCAGUGGUGUAUUUACUGAAGUAUUUUGAAGCGUAAAUGCAAUCGCCAGAAGAAAAACACUAACUUUAGGCUGAAAACAAACUACAGCAUGGUCACAUGACUUCAAAAACAAACCAUACAAAUCUCUUAAACUAGUUUUUUUUAUACCACCGAGCAUAAUUGAGGCAUUCAACCACAAUUACGUUAGAAAUACCGUUGAGUUUUAAAUGAGGGAAACCAGAAGCGUUAAAAUGCUGACUGGUUUCAGGACUCAUUCCUGCACCACUCUAUCAGGCGCGAUAGGAAGCCAGAGGCCCCAAAAAUAUCCUCAAAUCAUCCAUAGCACUCCAGAGGAAUACAUAGAUCUCAGUGGCAGGUUUCAUUCCAGGCGUCGCCUGGACUACUGACUGACAGCAUAUGUAACAGUGCACAUUACUACUUCCAUGCAGCAGCUACUUAUAUUCCAGUCGUCCUCAGUGCUUUCCAGCAAGGCGCUCAAAUCUGUUCUCGGGGCCUGUUUCAGUCGCCUCUUUUCUUACGAAUAACGUUUUGUAGAGAUGUUGCUCUAUUCUUUAUGUGUUCCAGUAUUCACAGAGAGAUUCCUGCAUGCCCUGCUGUCAGUCUGUGCCGCACAGAGCACUGUCCUGCGGUCUGUUGAAGGGGUUUAUUUCUGUCACAAAAGACAUAAAACAAAAAGGAAAUAAAUGAAUGUCUGCCUCUUAGAUGAAGUUCUGCAUUUCAAGGAGGCGAAGAUGCACAACAUUAAGUACACAGUUGUGUUUGCUGUCGUCUGUCCUUUUGCUUUUAAAGCAUGAAAUACUUCCUGGUUCUAUUUUUGUAUUACCAAUUGAUAGUCCAAUCUUUUCACUAGCCUUUGUGUAUUUCAAAAGAGGAGAUAUCAGUUUACACCGCCGCUGCUCCGAUGUGUAAUAAAGGAAGCAAAUGUGCAUUAGGUUCGACCGUAAUGACCAUGUAUUUAUUGCAUGUCACAUGUAUAAGCUAAACUAACUUAUGUCACUUACUUUCUCUGACAAAGAUAAACUGUCAAACAUAUUGUCUUCUCUUGAAAAAUGUAUUUUUAUUUCGACAUUUCCAAUAAAUAUGUAUUAAAAUAA